UAUGUUGUAUCAGCAGAGUGAAAAGAGGAAUCCAUGAGGACAGGUUGUUUCUUCUGUUCUUGGCUGCGGAUCAGAGGAUUAGGAUUGCAGUUGCUAGACUGUAGAAUGCACCACAUAGCUUUCGCAGCAAAGCCUGAACUUUAUCUUGUAAAGCAUUUGUGGGGUUGAUUCAGCUCCAGGGACUUGCAAAAGCCAAGGUAAAGCAUUCAGGACCAUCGCAAAACAUGUCAGGAAAAUCCUGCUUUAAUUCCUGUGGCAAUAAGUGGCAUCCAUGUUGGCUGCAAUCCACUUGAUGCUCGCUUGUCCCCCAGCCUUGUAGGAGAAUAUGUUUAGCAGAAUGCCAUGGCACGCUGUAGUAUGCACAGUAACUCCUGAGUGCAAUUGCCAAUGUUGUGAUGAAACGAGACACCUUAUAUUCAGAAAACUGAUGCUGGAUUGCUGGCUCUAGCCUUCAUCAUAUACUAACAUUGUCACCAUCUUUGCUCAGGCAGCCAAUAUACCACAAAAUGUUGACGAACAGUGUCGGGUCAUCUUCAGGACAGCUGAUUCUGACGGAACGGCCUGGUCUUUCAUGUACCUUCAUCUGAUUAAUAAAAAAAAAUCUUUGUUCCAGAAAAAGUUAAGCUGAUAAAUUUUCUGUGUGGGCAGCAGAGAUCUGCAGUCACCGCCAAACCAUUCUCGUGCAUGGACAAGGAACAGGAGCAGUAAUUCUUGACCUGAAGGCCCACACUUGCAAGUUGCAUCGACAAAAAAUGACACCCUGAGUAAGCAGAUCCACAUGAAAACGCAGGCCCAGCCUUGAGCAAUUUUGUCGCCGUGUUUCUGACCAGACAACUCUUGCGCGUCCACUUGCAGACGGGAGGCGUUCCUGUUAAGCCACCGAGUUGAUCACACGCAUCGGGUGAUCACCAGACUGAACAGUUACAGUUGUUUGUUCAGGAUUCAGUAGAACCUUCACCAACUGAAUUCUGAAAGAAUGCGGAUUAAAACACGUGUGCUCUAAAAGAUCAUCGAUCGUGCAACGCCCGAGGUUAGCAUUGGCAGAAGGGGAACCUGACGGGUGACGGCGAAGCAAAGAAGCGAAUGUAUUGCGCCCUCACCUCGGACGGGCUUCGAGAUGAAGGGGCCCUGCCCUGAUUGGGGCAUCUGGCCGUCGCCAGCGAUCGCUCGAGCAGCAUGUCCUCCCUCCCUGUCCCAGUGUCCCUGGCCGCCGCCGCCGCCGCCGCCGAUCGCCGGUGCUCCGCCUCGCGAAAAGAAAAAACCGACUAGUGCAAGGGCCUUCUCCUAUCCUGUUCAAUCGGAGGCACGCAUCCGCGAUCGGACGUCUUACAGGGACAACGGCGCUCUCUGUAGCCCCCCCGCUCAGCCUCCAACCGUCUCUACCAGACGGAUGCCUCCGGUCUUCCCGUCCCCGGCGACAAAAUGCCGAGCAGCUUGCUCAUCGUUGCUUCUCCACCGCGACGUCUCCGGGUGGUCCGGCUCAGCCAUGAGCCUCUCACUGCCUGCAGCUGUCAAGGACUCUCACAUCGUACUGUUUCUUGAUCGGAUUCUCAGGCUGCACAGCCAGGACGAGAUUUCUCCAUCAUCCCUUCGACUUUACCCCAAAGCCUGACAAGUGCUUUGCAUUGCAAUGCUCUUCUCUGCGAGUGUACCUGCAUUUCAGAUUAAAUUCAGAUAGCUUGAUUGAUUGAUCCUCUUCUCUUCGUGUACCAUGCAUGCAGACUUCAAUCCCACUUAACACCGACCUCGAUCGAUCCGGAGCCCGCAGGAUUUGAGACCUCAGACGUGCACGCAAGAGCAUCGAUCCAGGACCAAUCUGCUGCCCUGUAUAUAGUUCUUGCCUCCUGAUCCCAGAGAUCAAGCAAUCCCACAGAUCAUGUCGUCCAAAGUUCAGACAAUGACAAGCGGGCUACACGACGCGGCCAGGCCUCGGCGGUUUGAUCUUACCACGUCAAGGAGGACAAGGAGACCAACAAGCUUGGCUGCCCAUUGCCAUCCAGAAGAUUAUGCCAUGGAGGGAUUCCAGUCGAUACAACCUCAGCAUCAAGUUCAGGUUUCCGGGCUGAAUGCAGCGCCGUCGCAGUGUCUAUGCCUAUCAGAUCACCUGCAAUCGCCGCACUCUGAAGAUGCCGAGGCGCACAAGAUGUCAGCACAGUCUGAAGCCACCGAGGAGAGUGACGCACAGCAGCAGCAGGAGUGCCAAGAUAGCUCUCGCCGUUUCUCGCUGCAGGAGCUGAUAGAAGACGAGGCCGCCGUCGACGGGGAGAAGGACGCCGCCACCGGAGGCCACGAAGAGGAUCCUGCUGCCGCCGAUGCUGUUGUCCAAGGCGUUGCAGAGGCAGCUGCAGUAGGGGCGGAGAAGCCACCUGAGCAAGUGGCUGGGAGGAGGGUGAUCGGCAUGAUGCGCCGGUACAUGAGAGUCCGGGCCAUCAAGACCAAGCAUGCACCGUGUUGACCAAAAAACCGGCUAUCGGCUUUGUACGUAGCCACACGUGACCA